GUUGCCUCCAAUCGACCUCUUAACCGCCCGGAGAGUAUCUGAGACGCCUCCUGUUGAUCGCAUCCAUCGCGCUCCGCUUCUCGUUAAUCCUCCAUCCCGAUCGCCCGUUGCUUUUUUCUCCAUCCUAUUUUUGCUCCCUUUCCUUCGCGACUACCGGCGUCUACUGUUCAGAACUCGUCACCACCGUACUCGUCUGCCACUUGCACAUCAUUCUCCCUCGUUCGCCUCCCGGCUACAGUUGCUCCACGCGUGCGAUAAGGGGUUUCGGCUCGCCUGUUGCGUAACGUCGCUGCAUCGAUUGUCUCAUUCCAGAUGACCGGCGGGCUCUAACACUUGAUCCUGCGACCGGUACUCAGACUGUUACAAUUGCUAUAUCGGAGGUGUGGGAUCUUGUCGUGGCUGGUGUUCGUUCGCAUUGAUCGCGCCUGAACGCCUAAUUGUGUGCUGCUCGAUUCCAGCACACUUCACCACGCUCCUUUUCUCCACAUAAUGUCCGUUGCUACGAUGCUACAACCUGCCUCGAGAGCUUCGACUUCCUCAUCUUCUUCGUUUCAGCCUGUCACACGUCAAAACACCAUGUCUUCCCACGAUACUCGAUCGCUCCGCCAGUCGAAGCGGCUGUCAGUCACCGCACUGUACAUGUCGAUGAAUGCCAAGGACAGAGACUUGGAAAUAUCAGAUGAUUUGGCGAGAGCUCAAAUAUAUUUGCGCGAAUUGAAGUCGAAGAUUUCAUCACAGUCUAAGAAGAAUUUCGUGCUGGAAAAAGAUGUUCGGUAUUUGGAUUCACGGAUAGCCCUGUUGAUCCAGAACCGUAUGGCCCUGGAAGAACAAAAUGAAGUUGCCAGCCACCUUGACGACGCCAUAGAUCCCCAGGAGGGAUUCUUUCCUAACGAUGAGAGAACGCAAAAGUACGGCAAUCUUCUCUUCCUUCUCCAGUCCGAACCCCGCCAUAUCGCCCACCUGUGUCGCCUAGUUUCCAUGUCCGAGAUUGAUUCACUCCUGCAAACGGUGAUGUUCACUAUCUACGGAAAUCAGUACGAGAGUCGCGAAGAACACCUGCUUCUCACCAUGUUUCAGUCGGUCCUCACUUACCAGUUCGACAACACUCCGGAGUACUCGUCGCUAUUGCGCCAGAACACUCCGGUCUCCCGCAUGAUGACCACCUACACCCGGCGUGGUCCUGGUCAGAGCUACCUGAAACAAGUCCUUGCCAACCAGAUCAACGCCCUGAUCGAGUUGCGCGAUGUGGAUUUGGAGAUCAACCCGCUCAAGGUGUACGAAACAAUGGUCAAGCAAAUCGAAGAGGAACAAGGGUCAUUGCCGGAACAUCUCGCCAGAUCUGUUACGGCGGAAGCUGCAGCAGAAAACGCGCAGGUGCAGGCCAUCAUCGAGCCACGUUUGAAGAUGCUGACCGACCAUGCCAACCGUUUCUUGUCAACCAUCAUUGACUCCGUGGAUGAGACACCAUACGGUAUUCGCUGGAUUUGCAAGCAGAUUAGAAGUUUGUCCCGGCGCAAGUACCCGGACGCCCAGGAUCAGACCAUUUGUACUCUGAUUGGAGGCUUCUUCUUCCUGCGUUUCAUCAACCCUGCUAUUGUCACUCCCCGAUCGUAUAUGCUGAUCGAGUCGACGCCCACGGAGAAACCCCGCCGCACGUUGACUCUGAUUGCGAAGAUGCUUCAAAACUUGGCAAACAAACCUUCUUACGCAAAGGAGCCCUAUAUGGCGAAGCUUCAGCCUUUCAUCCAGCAGAAUAAAGAGCGUGUGAACAAGUUUAUGCUUGAUCUGUGCGAGGUGCAGGAUUUCUACGAAAGUUUGGAGAUGGACAACUAUGUAGCGCUCUCGAAGCGCGACCUUGAGUUGCAGAUCACCCUCAACGAGAUGUACGCCACACAUGCCUUGUUGGAGAAGCACAGUUUAGCUCUGGCCCAAGACCAGCAUUCUCAUCUCAACGAACUCCUCCAGGAGCUCGGCUCCGCGCCACCGCAGGUCCCGCGGAAGGAAAACAGGACGAUCACAGUGCCCUUGUUUAGCCGAUGGGAGACUUCUCUGGACGACUUGACCGCCGCCCUCGACAUCACCCAAGAAGAAGUCUUCUUUAUGGAAGCUAAAUCCACCUUUGUCCAAAUCUUACGGUCUCUACCUCCGAAUUCCUUGGUAGCUCGUCGCCCCCUCCGGCUGUAUCGCAUUGCAGAGACUGCCGCGACCCUGAAAAACGAUGCGGUCAUGGUCAGGAAAGGCAUCCGCACCAUGGAGCUGCUCAGCCAACUACAAGAGAUGGGGGUCAUUGACCGUUCCGAUGACUUCAGUCUCCUUCGUGACGAGGUGGAACAAGAAUUGGUGCAUCUGGGCUCUUUGAAAGAAAAGGUCUUGGAGGAGACGAAGAAGCUGGAAGAAGUUUUUGCGACCAUACGCGACCACAAUGCGUACUUGGUGGGCCAGCUGGAAACGUACAAGUCGUAUCUACACAAUGUCCGCAGCCAGUCGGAGGGCAAGCAGCGGAAACAGCAAAAGCACCAAGAGCUCGGACCGUACAAGUUCACACACCAGCAGCUUGAAAAGGAAGGUGUCAUUCGGAAGAGCAACGUUCCCGAAAACCGACGAGCCAACAUCUACUUUAUGUUCAAGAGUCCUUUGCCAGGCACUUUUGUCAUCAGCCUGCAUUACAAGGGUCGUGCGCGUGGCCUGCUGGAGCUCGAUCUUAAGCUCGAUGAUCUGCUCGAGAUGCAAAAGGACAACCAGGAGGACUUGGAUCUGGAGUAUGUCCAGUUCAACGUCUCGAAGGUGCUUUUACUGUUGAACAAACGAUUUGCACGAAAGAAAGGGUGGUAAAGAGAAGCUUAUGGGGCAUCUCUCCUACACUUUAUCACGAUGUCUAUGAAACGGAGCGGAGAAUCACCGGUGAGCGGCAAGGCCGGGUUCCAGCCCCAAGCCUUUGCUAUCAAGCCGCUGGUUUGAUGGACAGUUGGCACUGGGAACAGGCCAACAUGCAUAGAAGACCGUGGCAGGGUGGUCUGUUUUGAAUCGUCCAUCUUACGUUAUGACCUGGGAAUGGACGAUUGAUUGUAUACUUGACCGAUGCGGCACCCCACCCGGACGGGAUGGAGGCCGAUCAUG